AUGAUGGGUGGUAGAGGAUCUACAGUUUUCAUUUGUGUACUUCUAUCAAUCUUAAGCUCGGCAUGUUUAUCUAGUGGAUUUACUCCUGUAGACAAUUAUCUUAUAGAUUGUGGAUCACUCACCAAUACUACAGUUGGUGACCGUGUUUUUGUUGCUGAUAACUCUGCCUCCAACUUUCUUUCAACCCCAAAAAACACUUUUGCAAAGGCUUCAAUAUCUGUUACUUCCGGGGAUUAUUCACCGCUCUAUCAAACAGCAAGAAUCUUUGAUGGGACCUCAAAGUACACCUUUGGGAUUAGUCAACCUGGGAGACAUUGGAUUCGCCUCUAUUUCUAUCCAUUUGUUAGUGGUAGUUACAACAUGAGCAGAGCGAGUUUUGAUGUUACCACCCCAAACCAUGCCUUUCUCAUCAAUUUCAAUGUGAAGACUUCUGUCGUUAAAGAAUUUUCGGUUAAUGUAACCUCAAAGAACCUUGUUAUCACUUUCACUCCUUCUGGGAAUUCAUUUGCUUUCUUAAAUGCCUUGGAAGUCGUUUCAGUUCCUGAUGGGCUCAUUACAGAUGAUGCCGAUACUUUUAAUCCAGCAGGGGGAUUCAAAGGCCUGCCGUUCCAGGCACUGGAAACAGUUUAUAGGGUGAACAUGGGUGGGCCAACAGUUUCCUUUGAGAAUGAUACCCUUGGGAGAACUUGGGUUCCUGACAAAAAUUUUCUCAUCGGAAAUAAUCUUGCUAUCAGCAUAUCCAAUUUUGCAGCUGUCAAGUAUGUAGGUGGUGGGGCAACACAGGAAUCUGCUCCGAAUGCUGUAUACGGUACUGCCACUAGAAUGAACUCAGAGAAUGAUCCCAACAGCAACUUCAACGUGACCUGGGAGUUCAAUGUGAAUCCAGGGUUUCAGUAUCUUCUUAGGUUUCAUUUCUGUGAUAUAGUAAGUAGAAAUCCUAACGAUCUCUACUUCAAUGUUUACAUCGACUCCUGGCUUGUUGCUGAAAAUUUAGAUCCAAGCAGUGUUGCAGAUGCUUUGGCUGUUGCAUUUUAUAGGGAUUUUGUUACAGCAGCAAGGGUUAGCAAUAAGCUUCGUGUGAGUAUUGGCCCAACUAACACUAUUGAUAAUGUCUACCCCAACGCAAUUCUAAAUGGGUUGGAGAUCAUGAAAAUGAACAACUCCUUGGGCAGCCUCGGUGGGCCAGCUCCUGCUGUUUCUGAUUCAAGUUCAAAGAGGAAUGUUGGUUUGACAGUGGGCUUGAGCAUUGGAGCAGUUAUCCUAGUGGUGUUGGCUGGAAUUUUCUUUAUGUUCUGUAGAAAGAGAAGAAGGCUGGCACGCCAAGGCCAUUCUAAGAUGUGGAUUCCUUUAUCCAUCAGUGGAGGAAAUUCUCACACCAUGGGUAGUAAAUACUCGAAUGGAACAGCCACUAGUCUUGAUUCUAAUUUGGGGUAUCGCAUUCCUUUUGUGGCAGUUCAUGAGGCAACAAACAAUUUUGACGAGAGUUGGGUUAUUGGCAUUGGUGGUUUCGGGAAGGUAUACAAGGGAACUUUAAAUGAUGGUACAAAAGUGGCUGUUAAAAGGGGAAAUCCACGCUCCCAACAGGGACUUGCUGAGUUCCAGACUGAAAUUGAGAUGCUCUCUCAGUUCCGGCAUCGCCAUCUGGUUUCAUUGAUUGGUUACUGUGACGAAAAGAACGAGAUGAUCUUGAUUUAUGAAUACAUGGAGAAUGGGACUCUCAAGAGUCAUCUGUAUGGCUCAGGUUCUCCCAGCUUGAGUUGGAAGGACAGGCUUGAGAUAUGCAUUGGAGCAGCUAGAGGACUUCAUUACCUUCACACUGGCUAUGCAAAAGCAGUUAUUCAUCGUGAUGUAAAGUCUGCCAACAUCUUGCUUGAUGAGAAUUUCAUGGCCAAAGUAGCUGAUUUUGGGCUUUCAAAGACGGGACCUGAAAUUGAUCAGACCCAUGUGAGCACAGCAGUGAAAGGUAGCUUUGGAUACCUUGAUCCUGAGUAUUUUAGAAGGCAACAACUGACGGAGAAAUCGGAUGUUUAUUCAUUCGGGGUUGUGCUGUUCGAAGUCCUUUGUGCCAGACCUGUUAUAGAUCCAUCCCUUCCAAGAGAAAUGGUUAACUUAGCUGAAUGGGCAAUGAAAUGGCAUAAGAGAGGGCAGUUGGAACAAAUUAUAGACUCUACUCUUGUGGGAAAAAUAAGACCAGAUUCACUUAGGAAGUUUGGAGAAACUGCUGAGAAAUGCUUAGCCGACUUUGGGGUGGACAGGCCUUCUAUGGGAGAUGUCUUGUGGAAUCUGGAGUAUGCCCUUCAACUGCAAGAGGCAGUUGUUCCAGGCGAUCCUGAAGAUAAUAGUACUAAUAUGAUUGGCGAGCUCUCUCCACAAAUUAACAAUUUCAGCGAUGUUGAUAACAGUGUUUCUGCUGCACAAUUUGAAGCCUCGAGUGUGGAUGACCUCUCAGGUGUUUCGAUGAGUAGGGUAUUCUCACAGCUGGUGAAGUCUGAAGGCAGAUGA